GAUCGUUUGGCUCUUGCCGGAAAUUGUUCCGCCCGGUGAGGUUUCGGCGUGAGACCCGAGGAGGGCGGGGAAGAGGCGUGACGGAGAUUCCCGAGGUGUAGUAGCUCGAGGUGCCCUUAUGUGGCCCUAGAGCUGCUGCUGAAGGAAGCAGCCUGCGUCCACGCCCACAACUGAAGUCUCAGGACUCACACCUCACCCUUGCCUCCGGCAUGAAAGGGGGGAACCUAGACCUGAAUGGGCUUGACCGUCUCCCAGCUGCUCGCGUGACGACCGCAUUCGUGGCAGGUAAAAAGAUUGUUAUGUCAACUGAGGAAAGCAAUAGUCUCACUGUCUUUAUAUUUUGAAUUACUACAACAACUUUGAUAUCAACAAUGAAGCAAUGAUAUCUAGAAACAAAAGAGCAUUUGCCGACAGUCAUCAUAAUUUCAAGUGAUUGUACAAGCAGAAACAAGCUGUCACAGACCUGUGUGUCAGCUAAUAUAUGGAGAAUGCUUUCUUCUGAUGCUAUUUAUUUAGAGGCAGUUUUAAUAUAAAUCAUUUCAAUCAUACCUAUAUCAAAUAAAAUAAAAAUGAGUGAAGCCCCCAGAUUCUUUGUUGGACCAGAAGAUACAGAAAUAAAUACCGGAAAUUAUCGGCAUUUCUUCCACCAUGCAGAUGAGGAUGAUGAAGAGGAAGAUGAUUCUCCACCAGAAAGGCAGAUUGUGGUUGGAAUAUGUUCCAUGGCAAAGAAAUCCAAAUCCAAACCAAUGAAGGAAAUUCUUGAACGGAUCUCCUUAUUUAAGUAUAUCACAGUAGUAGUCUUUGAAGAGGAGAUUAUUUUGAAUGAACCAGUGGAAAACUGGCCUUUAUGCGAUUGUCUCAUUUCUUUCCAUUCUAAAGGAUUUCCACUGGACAAAGCGGUUGCCUAUGCAAAACUCAGGAAUCCAUUUGUAAUCAAUGACUUGAAUAUGCAGUAUCUCAUACAGGAUAGGAGAGAAGUAUAUAGUAUUCUUCAAGCUGAAGGUAUUUUACUUCCUCGUUAUGCAAUUUUGAACCGUGACCCAAAUAAUCCCAAAGAAUGUAAUCUAAUUGAAGGGGAAGAUCACGUGGAAGUAAAUGGGGAAGUUUUUCAAAAGCCAUUUGUAGAAAAGCCAGUCAGUGCAGAAGAUCACAAUGUUUACAUUUAUUACCCAACUUCUGCUGGCGGUGGAAGUCAAAGACUCUUUAGAAAGAUUGGCAGUAGAAGUAGUGUUUAUUCUCCAGAAAGCAAUGUACGAAAAACAGGCUCAUAUAUAUAUGAAGAGUUUAUGCCUACAGAUGGUACUGAUGUUAAGGUUUAUACAGUGGGUCCAGAUUAUGCUCAUGCUGAAGCUCGAAAAUCUCCAGCACUUGAUGGCAAGGUGGAACGAGACAGUGAAGGAAAAGAAGUAAGAUAUCCUGUUAUUCUCAAUGCACGAGAGAAAUUAAUUGCUUGGAAAGUCUGCCUUGCUUUUAAGCAAACAGUUUGUGGCUUUGAUUUGUUGCGGGCCAAUGGACAGUCCUAUGUCUGUGAUGUCAAUGGCUUCAGUUUUGUGAAAAAUUCCAUGAAGUAUUAUGAUGAUUGUGCAAAAAUACUUGGAAAUAUUGUAAUGCGAGAACUUGCUCCACAGUUUCACAUCCCAUGGUCAAUACCCUUAGAAGCUGAAGAUAUCCCAAUUGUUCCAACGACAUCUGGAACUAUGAUGGAACUUAGAUGCGUCAUAGCUGUUAUACGUCAUGGGGAUCGAACACCAAAACAAAAAAUGAAAAUGGAAGUGAGGCAUCAAAAAUUUUUUGAUCUUUUUGAAAAAUGUGAUGGAUAUAAAUCAGGAAAAUUAAAACUCAAAAAACCGAAACAGUUACAGGAAGUGCUAGAUAUUGCACGACAGCUUCUUAUGGAGCUGGGGCAAAAUAAUGAUUCUGAAAUUGAAGAAAACAAGUCAAAACUUGAACAACUUAAGACUGUAUUAGAGAUGUAUGGUCAUUUUUCUGGAAUAAAUCGUAAGGUUCAGUUGACCUAUCUCCCUCAUGGUUGUCCUAAAACAUCUAGUGAAGAGGAGGAUAGCCGAAGAGAAGAACCAUCUUUACUUUUGGUUCUAAAAUGGGGAGGUGAAUUAACUCCUGCAGGCAGGGUCCAGGCUGAAGAACUUGGAAGAGCUUUCAGGUGUAUGUAUCCUGGAGGUCAAGGAGAUUAUGCAGGAUUUCCUGGUUGUGGUUUACUUAGAUUACAUAGCACCUACAGACAUGACCUCAAAAUAUAUGCCUCUGAUGAAGGACGAGUCCAGAUGACUGCAGCUGCUUUUGCAAAGGGGCUUUUAGCUUUGGAAGGAGAGCUUACACCCAUUCUUGUUCAGAUGGUGAAGAGUGCAAAUAUGAAUGGUCUUUUGGAUAGUGAUAGUGACUCUUUGAGCAGUUGUCAGCAACGUGUGAAGGCAAGGCUUCAUGAAAUACUUCAGAAAGACAGAGAUUUUACUGCUGAAGAUUAUGAAAAGCUUACUCCAUCUGGAAGCAUUUCUGUUAUCAAAUCAAUGCAUUUAAUUAAAAAUCCUGUGAAGACCUGUGAUAAAGUUUAUUCCUUAAUUCAGAGUUUGACUUCUCAAAUCAGACAUCGAAUGGAAGAUCCCAAAUCAUCAGAUAUUCAGCUUUACCAUAGUGAAACAUUGGAGCUCAUGCUACGUAGAUGGUCCAAGUUAGAGAAAGACUUUAAAAUGAAGAACGGAAGAUAUGAUAUUAGUAAAAUCCCUGAUAUAUAUGACUGUAUAAAAUAUGAUGUCCAGCAUAAUGGUUCCUUGAAAUUAGAAAACACAAUGGAGUUAUAUAGGCUUUCGAAGGCAUUAGCAGAUAUUGUUAUCCCUCAGGAAUAUGGCAUAACUAAAGCUGAAAAACUGGAGAUUGCCAAAGGCUACUGUACUCCUCUGGUUAGAAAAAUUCGCUCAGACCUUCAGAGGACACAAGAUGAUGACACUGUAAAUAAACUUCAUCCUGUGUAUUCUAGAGGUGUUCUGUCUCCUGAACGUCAUGUUCGUACUAGGUUAUAUUUUACCAGUGAAAGUCAUGUACAUUCUUUGCUAUCUAUUCUUCGCUAUGGUGCCUUAUGCAAUACCAAUGAUUCUCAGAAUGAAGAUGGAGGAAUGGUGAAGGAGAUGGAAUCAAAGGAUGAACAGUGGAAACGAGCUAUGGAUUAUUUAAAUGUCGUCAACGAGCUCAACUACAUGACUCAGAUUGUUAUCAUGCUUUAUGAAGAUCCUAAUAAGGAUCUUUCCUCAGAGGAACGCUUUCAUGUUGAAUUACACUUUAGUCCAGGAGCCAAAGGUUGUGAAGAAGACAAAAAUUUACCUUCUGGCUAUGGAUAUAGACCAGCUUCCAGAGAGAAUGAAGGCAGGAGACCUUUUAAAAUUGAUAAUGAUGAUGAACCACAUACUUCUAAAAGAGAUGAGGUUGAUCGAGCUGUUAUAUUGUUUAAGCCAAUGGUGUCAGAGCCAAUUCAUAUACACAGGAAGUCCCCACUUCCAAGAUCUAGGAAGAUGGCCACAAAUGAUGAAGAGAGCCCCCUGAGUGUGUCUAGCCCAGAGGGUACUGGUACCUGGCUGCAUUAUACCAGUGGUGUGGGUACUGGGCGUCGAAGACGCAGAUCAGGGGAACAAAUCACUUCUUCCCCUGUCUCCCCCAAAUCAUUGGCUUUCACAUCCAGUAUUUUUGGCUCAUGGCAACAGGUUGUAUCUGAAAAUGCUAAUUACCUGCGAACACCGAGAACUCUUGUGGAACAGAAGCAGAAUCCUACUGUAGGGUCUCACUGUGCGGGCCUGUUUAGCACCUCGGUGCUCGGGGGUUCUUCAAGCGCACCUAACCUACAGGAUUAUGCUCGUACUCAUCGUAAAAAGCUGACCUCUUCUGGCUGCAUAGAUGACGCCACACGCGGUUCUGCUGUUAAAAGGUUUUCUAUCUCAUUUGCUCGACACCCAACCAAUGAACACCUACACCUCUAUAGGUGCUGGUCCGUUUCCUCUGUGGAAUUUCUAGGCUCCAGUGGCUUUGAAUUGUAUUCCAUGGUGCCAUCUAUUUGUCCUCUAGAAACACUUCAUAAUGCCCUAUCUUUAAAGCAAGUGGAUGAAUUUCUUGCUUCCAUUGCUUCUCCAUCAUGUGACGUUCCACGGAAGACUCCUGAAAUUUCCUCUACAGCAUUGCGUUCCAGUCCAAUAAUGAGAAAAAAAGUAUCUUUAAAUACGUAUACACCUGCAAAGAUCCUCCCAACACCACCAGCUACCUUAAAGAGUACUAAAGCAAGCAGCAAACCAGCUACAAGUGGACCUUCUAGUGCAGUUGUUCCUAAUACCUCAUCUCGGAAAAAGAAUAUAACUAGCAAAACAGAAAUGCAUGAACACAAAAAAAACACUGGGAAAAAGAAAUGAAAUUUUAGCAGAAGCUGGAACUUUUUAUACUUAUAAAAAUAGUAUGUUCAUAUGUUUUUCCUUAUGCGUUUAUGUGUUCACUUAAAAAUGUUUUUAAAUCUAGGGGUUUCUUUAUAUUCAGGUAAAGAACUUUUGUCAUGAUCAGGAAAUGUUUAAAACAAUGUUUGUUAGCAUUCUGUGAGUAGCAAAACUUGUAGUGAUAAAAAUUGAUUGUUGUUAACAUAAUGUUUACCAUGUGCACAUAGUAAUGAAAAGGAACAUAAAAACCCAGCCAGCUCGUACCAAAGUCACACCAGUAAUGCUAUGUACUGCAGAGUCUGAUGAGAUGGCCUUUGUGCACACUUUUAUUUUCAUGGGAUUGCAUCUUAGCUGUAAAAAACUUUUAGAUUGAAAUUUGACAGCCAGGGUUACAUAUUGGGUACUUUUAAAGUGUCUUUCCAAAGAGAUUUCCAUUAGAAUAUUUUCCGCAAUUGUUACAGUGACAUAUAUGCUGCAAUAUUUAACAACUGGAGUAUUAGCCACAUGGAUUAUUUUUUCAAUCUGUGUUUUGAAUUUUUUUAUUGUGUGUUAUUUAAAAUAUUACAUAUGCAGCUGGGAGAACUACACGUUUGUGCACAUAGAUUUAUAAUUUGUAGAAAAUAGUUUCUUUAUAUUUCCUUACCGUACAAGGUGCCUUGUUUAUCAGGAAAACUUUUUCUUCAUAUGUUGACAAAAAAGGCACCUUUAGAGUUUCUUUUUAAAUAUAGUUGACAAGUUUAUAAAUAUUACGAUUAUUUUCAGAGUUCUUUUUAGGUCUAAAGAAAUCAGUACAAAAAUGGACAUCAUUAAUGUUAGAAGAAAUAUGAAUUCUGUUAAGCUAGUAAGCAGUAUGUAUAGCAUCUGUUUUUAACCAUUUCCAUUCUUAUCCCUAGUGUAUUAGUUGAUUACACAAGAAAGCUUAAAGAUUGAGCAUUUGAAAUAAAUGUUCUUUAUAAAUGAUUUGAUUUUGAAGGGAUAUUGAAAUCAUUGUGCUUUGAUUUCACCUAUGAUGUGAAAAAUCAAUUUAUUAUUCUUGGUGCUUUUUCCCCUGCCUGAUGCACAAAUAAUUGUGAACCACUUGAAAUGACUUAAACUGUAAUCCAAACAGGACAACCUGCUAAGAAUUUCAUGCAUUGUUAGUUACAUAACUUAAAUUGCUAAAGCUUUAGCUUAAAACUUAUGUCUAGAAAAAUUAUUGACUUCCCAUAGUAUAAAUACAACUAUUGUAAUUCUUCAAAAGAGACUCCUCUCACCUUAGUCAUAUAUGAAUUAACUUGUAGGAAAUAAGCAUAUUAUAUGUUAUGUCUUAAAAGGUACCAGAUGUAAGAGUCAUAAAUGUAUACAAUUAAAGUUCAUAUACUUCACACGAAUGUAAAUGUUAUAUGGAGAUAUGUCUUGUAAACAGUUGGAAUGUAUGUAAGUUUUCGGUUUGUGGAAAUGUAGUUGAUGUACUCACUGUGGAGGUAAUAAGGAAACUACUUUUUUAAAGUGGAAUCUAAUUAAAAUAUUUUCAGAAUCAAAGAGA